UUAUAAUUCUUUCUGGAGGAAGGGUAAUAUCAGCUGUCGACAUCAAACUGUCUAGCAUUACUAGCUAGCUGCCUAGCUUAGCAUCGAGCUAAAUUGUCGAUAGCUAGCAAAGCUCUGCAUGUGCAGAGAAAUAAAUGUUAAUGUUUCAUUAAGAUAGCUGAAUUACUUAACGUUCCCUCUGACACGUCUAGUGCUUAAACUGCUAGACGUGGAGCGUAGUUAAGCUAUGUUGCUUCAGCACGCAAUUCACAAUUAACGCAGAAAAACAAGUAACGAUUGACUGUUUUUAGAAUGUUAGCUAACGCGAAAGGUUUGGCGUUUAUGUGUGUAGCGGCUAGCUGGUGCCACAUCCGAGGAGGGUAGUGUAGAUGUAGUAGGUCUGAGGUAAUGUCAGGCGUGUAUUAAGGGAGCGGGUUGUCUCGUCAUUUAUCUGAAAGUAAGAGAGCAGUUAACGUGAGCGCAUCAGUCCAUCAAAGCGAGGAGACUCGUCUGUGUGUACAGUCCUUCUUGCCGAGGAAGGAUAGGCACCAGGGACCAUGAGUGAGAAUGGCCCUCAUACGGAGGCGCCUAUGUACUUUGAGGUGGAGGUGGAUGUGGAUCAGCUGGAGCGAGAUGAUGAAGAAGACGACGACAAGAUACACUUUGACAAAGAUGAGGACCUGAUUGCUGAGCCUUCGUCGUCUUCUGGUCGGGUGUAUGACCGCACCACGGUGCUUAUCGAGCGGGACCCCAUACGGCUGGAUGAGGAGGGAGAGGAAGAAGGUCAUUGUGUAGGGGAUGAAGAUGGGGUCACCUUUUUAACAGAAGGGGAAGGUGAUGGCGAUGAGGACGAGAGCGCUCUGGCCUUCAUGGCCGACCCAGAUGCCAUGUCGCAGGGUUAUGUCCAUCACACUAUUUCUCCGGACCAGAUCCAGUUCACAAUAAAUCCAGGCUCCACUCCAAUGCCACGUAAUAUAGAAGGGGCCACGCUUACUCUCCACUCCGAGUGUCCAGAGACCAAGCAAAGAGAGGUGAAGCGCUACCAGUGCAUGUUUGAAGGCUGCACUAGGACAUACAGCACGGCAGGAAACCUGCGAACACACCAGAAGACACAUAGGGGUGAAUACACAUUUGUGUGUAACCAACAGGGCUGUGGAAAGGCCUUCCUCACCUCUUACAGCCUCAAGAUCCACGUCCGUGUCCACACCAAGGAGAAGCCGUUUGAGUGUGAUGUGCAAGGCUGCGAAAAGGCCUUUAACACCCUGUACAGACUAAGAGCACACCAGAGACUUCACACAGGCAAGACAUUCAACUGUGAAUCAGAGGGAUGCACAAAGUACUUUACCACACUCAGUGACCUGAGAAAGCACAUUCGCACGCACACUGGGGAGAAGCCAUUCAGGUGUGACCAUGAUGGCUGUGGCAAAGCCUUCGCUGCAAGUCAUCACCUUAAAACACACGUACGGACUCACACAGGGGAGAAGCCAUUCAACUGUCCCAGUGACGGCUGUGAGAAGACGUUUAGUAGUCAGUAUAGUCUGAAGAGUCACAUCCGUGGUCAUGACAAAGGACAGGCCUUCAGUGUCACGCUCAGCCAUCCGCUCUCUGAAGAUGCAAAUCACUCGCUGUGCCUCAGUGAUUUAAGCCUCAUCUCCACUGACUCUGAGCUACGAGAGAACAUCCAUAAUGCUCAAAAUUUAGACCUCAACAGUGUGACCCCAGUGAAAAUCUUUGAGCUCAUGUUCCAAAGUCCUGAGAACAGUGUCAGCCAAGAUGAUGCCCAUCCCAAUGAGAGGCUUACUGAACCCUUCAGCCUAGACACCCCCACUCAGCCGGGAGCGACUGAAGCCCCAUCUCUCAUCUCCUUCUCCAUCAGUCCCGCCUCCUCAUCCACCUGUCCCCAGAAAACUGCAGUCCUGGAUGCUGCUCCCCAGCUCGGUCAGACCUCUUCCUCUCAGGCCUCCACCUCUGCCUCUGUCCCAGCUACUGUCAGCUCUGCACAGUCUCCCCCAUUCAUGCAAAUAAAUGGGCCUCAGCAGAUCUCCGAUGUGCCUGCUCAAGCUUCUGUCCAAGUACCAAAUCAUGUGCCCUCUCAGCACUAUGUGGCCCUGCCAUCCACAUUUCUGCAACCUGCCACCCAGACCACUGCUCUGCCACCACCCAUCCCUGCUCCUCCUGUGGCUCCAGCACUGACAACCACUGCACAAGGCCCUGCUACUGUGUCUGUUGUUGCAGCCGCCUCAACAGAUGCCCUGGCAGCUGUGGCCCAGCCUGUUACUUUAGCCAAUACCCCAAUCCCCAACUCUGGUCUGGCUCCCACCCCUGCUACCAUCACCAUAGCACCCACACAGAACCUGCUGCAGCCCAGCCUGGUCAUGUCUGACCAGAACUUCCAAUGGAUUCUCAGCAGUGCUGCCAACAGCCAGCAGAACCCAGAGCAGGCACCUCAUCAAGGAGCUCCAAAAGUGGAAAAGGUUUUCUUCACUACAGCGAUACCAGUUGGAGGAAAUUCUGGUAACUCAGUCCAGCAGAUUGGCCUCAGCCUGCCAGUCAUCAUCAUCAAACAGGAGGAAUCCUGCCAGUGCCAGUGUAUCUGCAGGGACUCUGUUAAAGACAAGAGUUCAAAGAGUGCCUCCUCCAACAUUUCAGCUCCAGCACAGCAAGCACCAUCAGAACCCCCUCCUCCCCAGCUAUCACAGUCCCCAGGGCUUCCACACCUUCCCAACACCUCAUCUUCCUCAUGCUGCCUCCCUCAGUCUUCCUCCAAGGUUGGUGACAUGGGCAUGGGACUGGCGUCUUCUUCCUCCUCCUCCUCAGCUCAGACUGUCUCCACGAUAGUGAGCAGCACUGCCACCACCAACCCUCCGCCAUCGGAUGGGUUAGCAAACAUGGAUGUGUCGGACUUCCUGUCCAUGCAAAGCCCCGAGACAGCCGCCAACAUUGAGGCACUGCUGCUGGUUGCAGAUGAAUUCAACAUGGCUACUAAUGUCAAUCCUUAAGAGCUGCCUUCUAAGUCUGGCACCAUGUAUUUUUCUGUUGCACCCACUCAUCCACUGGCAUUGAUUCCACCCACAUCACGAGUCGCUCUCCUCUGUGACGCCUCGUCGUUCUUUCUAUAUAGUUAAUGCACCGAGCCCCUUGUAGCUGCAGUGCAUUCUGUUCUCUAUGGCAUUGUGCAACAUAUAUACACAAACUAUGAAUACUUUAUCUGUUAGGUCUCUUUGCAGUAGUUGAGAUUGUAGAAGCACUAUUAGUUUGCUUUGUGAGAUUUGGCAUCAAUGAAGGGAAAGCUCAGUAUAUUUGCUUUGUACGAAAACAAAAAACAACAUCCACCUGUAAAUAGUAACCAGAAUCUAAUGGAUAAUUAGUGUUGACCAAGCACUGAUGUUUAAGAAUGGGUUUUCCUGGCUGGAAGGUCAUACACAUACGAGCAGGAAAACAACACAUGAUGUACUGUACUAAAGUUUUAAAUGCUUACGGCUGGUAUGCGUCUGACCAGAAUGCACUGUAUUUGAGGAUUUUGCUCUAGUUUUGUCAAGCAUUGCUCCCAGCAGGAAUUUCAAGCGGGUGCCCCUCAUAUGGUUGUCAUACAUUAUGAAGUGAUAUCCUCAGUGUUUAGGUUUUCUAGACUAUGGUGGUCCAGAAUAUGUGAUGAUUAUUUUCUACUUAUUUUGACAUUUAUUUCUGGUUCGAGAAAAUAACCUGUGAUCAGAUUUGCUUCUCUUAAAGUGAAAUUAAGUCAAUACAUCAAUAAGUUGCCUAUAACUUAAACUAACUUAAAAUUGUACAUGUUAAUUUAUUUAAAUGCUUGAUUCUCAUUAUAUUGAUACUAUUUACUGCAAUAUAGAAAGAAAUAUAUUAAUUUAUUCCAAUCAGUAGUAUUUUAACUUGAGCUGUUUUGUUACUGAAGUACUUUUCCUUUUGAACAUGUAAUGGGUACUGCUAAAAGCAACUUUGACAACAGAGAUGGUUAUUAGAUUGCACAGAAAAGCAAAAUUGCAAAAACUUUCCACAACGAAAUGUUAAGAAACUACUGUCAACAUCCCAUGUUUUCUAGGGUUGUGACCCUCUCAGGGAUGCAUCAAGUCAUAACUAAUCCUGGUUCCCCUAAUUUGUCACUCUCGCAUGCGUUUUAUUUUACCACAUGCCCCUCUCUCUUGCAGUUGCCCUACGUUUUGCUGCACUCUUCCCAGUUUAUUGCACACUAACCUAAAGCGCAUAAUUUCACAGCUUGUUGGCUGAGGUGCAGCACCACUACAGACGUUUUGUAUACAACUGCUGUAAAGUAGCAUUUAAAAGAUGGUGUCCUGGUGACAAUGUAAAUACCGUACAUUUCAGUGUAAACUUCUUUGAGAAACAUGUAGAUUAUUCUAGAAUUUGUAUUUUUGUAUAGACUUUUGGAUUACUAAUUCUCAGAGUUGGAGCUAAUGUAUAACCCCUUGUGUCCUUUCACCCCCAGCCACAGUCAGACAGAAGAGUGUGGGUUUUAAAAGCAGCUGGGCUUCUGUACAGUCCCCAUAAUAACAAUAUAUCUGUGACACAUAACCUCCUGCUCAGAGUGUAAUGUAACUGUAUUAACGUGGGACACAAUGCAAUGAUGGAGCAACGGCAUUUUGCCCCAUUUACUAGAGCCUAGAGCUACUUGGCCUUACAACAUUCACUGUUCUGAGCCUCCUUGCCUUGACAGUCUGCUUGACUUGCCAUUAACAUGCUGACAUGCUCAUCUUCAUGGAGCCUCAGACAACCCAUUCCAAGUGCAGAUCACAAAACCCAAUACAGAAAAGCUUAGUUUUUCUUGAUCUGUAUUAUUUUCCAGCUAUAAUUGAAAAGUCACCAAUGAACGUGCAUUCUAAAAUAUUAGCAACACAACCAAUGAGGUUGGUUGACGUGACUCUGUGUAACUCAACGGGUUCUAGGAUCAGACUAAAUUGUCUGCUGGAGCUAUAAUUUACAGAAUUGGAGCUUUUCCUGUGAUUCGCUGUUUACAGGAAUUCAGAUGUGUUGCAAGACCCUCCAGUAACUUUGGACUCUAAACCAUUCCACACAUGGCAUAUGUCUAAGUGAGUGACUGUCAGGAUCAUGGUCAUACAUUCUCAUACAUGACUAUUGUCACUGAACACAACUAUGCAAUUGUAAUGAAGAUAUUUAAAGUUUAAAUAGUGAACUCUCCCAGAAAGCAAAUUUAUUUAUUCCUCCUUCCAUGACACAGUGUUCUGCUGCAGGCAUAUCCAGGUCUGGUGGCAGACGUUGCCUUUCCAGUGCAUGCAUGUUAAACACACUCGUUGAGCGCCAGUAUGCUGCAGUGCAUCCCUCUCAUGGUGUGGUUGGAGUCUGGACUUCGUGGCGUGCAUGUGUGUGCGCGCGCGCGCGUGUGUGUGUGUGUGUGUGUCCUUUUGAAUGUUGCACUGCAGCUAUUCUUUUACAGGCUGUCCUGCAUCUGUGGUAUCUAGUAGACCAGUAUGUGGAUUUGUUGAGUGCUCAGUGAAUGAUUCUGUUUUAAGAAUUGUUUUUGGUUAAAUGUCAGCAGCUUUUUUCCUUUUUGUACUUAAACACUUUAUGGGGGACACGUUUCAUUUGGGCACACUCCAUUUACAUGUCAUCUCAGCCUUUCACAUUUCGGUGAUUUGUAGGCUUAAAUUUCACCAUUAACAUCAAACUUUACAGAUGCCUAAUUUGUUUCUAUUCAACAAGCACAGGAUUUUUCUUUAGACAUGUGGCCCGGCUUGGUCUUUGAGGUUGCCUGAAAUGGUGACCUCAGAUGAUGGUGACAUUUGUUUGGAAGCAAGUUGGAUUGCAAAUGUCAAAAUUUGGUCCAUGUUUCAGAUGGACUUGAGGGAGUAGCAAUUGUUUGCUUCUAAAAAAAAUGUCUGGACACCCAAAGAGUGAGGAAAUGUUUGGUGAAUUGUAUUUUUCAAAAAAGGAAUGUAUAAUGUGAAAAUGUUUGCUUCUGCUUGUUUCAUAUACAGUCAAAGAACUUUCUGAAUUGAGAGCAAUAUAAUACUAAUAAAACCUUAUCCUUGACACAA